AUGCCUCCCAAGUUCGACCCCAAUGAGAUCAAGGUGAUCACUCUCCGUGCCACCGGUGGUGAAGUUGGUGCUUCGUCCGCCCUGGCUCCCAAGAUCGGUCCCCUGGGUCUGUCCCCCAAGAAGGUCGGAGAAGAUAUCGCCAAGGCCACUGGUGACUGGCUCUGCAGUCUGGUUGAAAAGGAACACAUGAUUUGGCUGACAAGAAAUGCCAUUCAACAGAAGGGUCUCCGUGUCACGGUUCAGCUCACCAUCCAGAACCGUCAAGCCGCCGUCUCCGUCGUCCCCUCGGCUUCCGCUCUCGUUAUCAAGGCCCUCAAGGAGCCCCCGAGAGAUCGCAAGAAGGAGAAGAACAUCAAGCACAGCAAGUCGAUACCCCUGGACGAGAUCAUCGAGAUUGCACGCAUCAUGAAACACAAGUCCUUCGCCAAGUCUCUCGAGGGUACCGUGAAGGAGAUUCUGGGCACCGCCUUCAGCGUCGGUUGCCAGGUUGACGGACGCAGCCCCAAGGCUAUCCAGGACGACAUCGCCAGUGGUGCGAUUGAGAUUCCUGAGGAGUAA